AUGAGUUCCUGGGAUGUGACACGGGUCAAGGCGACCUUUCGUCUCGCUACACAAAGGCUAGGACAGCUUCGGGAUCGUAUGGACGCACAAGCCCCGGUAACAGGUCGCGACAUAUCCAUACUCUUGCAGCAAGGCAGUACGACGCUGGCACGGGCGAAGGCUCAGAAGCUAAUCAAGGAUGAUAUAAUGGGCAAUCUACUGGAGCUGCUGGAGAUGCAAAUUGGGGUCUUAGUGGAACGAAUAGAAGAACUUGAAGGUGGCUCGCCGAGCCCCACUGUGAUUGAGGCUGCAUCGAGUAUUAUUUAUGCUACGCCUCAGGUCGAGGCGAAAGUACGAGAUCUGCUUGUGCAACGCCUUGGACCCGCGUUUCUGCACUCUGCCAUCACGAACAAGGAUAACUAUGUAUCUCUAAAGGUCGUCCGAGCACUAUCAGCACCUCCUGCAUCCGCAGCAGAUUUGGACACUUACCUCAUGGGGAUUGCAAAAGCACAUCGUGUCGAAUGGCAGCCAGAAUUGCAACCAGAUGAUGUACUGCACGCACUUGCCGAGAUUCUUGAUGCAGAGUCUUCACCGACAGUGGAUAUGCCCCUCCUGCGCAGACUUUGUGCUCAUGGUAUACCAUCGACGCCACCAUGGCUUCGUCCCAGAAUAUGGCGAUUAUUGCUAGGUACACUUCCUGUCCUGAAGAUUACCUGGGAUGUCGAGGCUAAGAAGCAGCGGGAUAGUUAUUAUGACCUCAUCAAUCGUCUACUUAUGCCCUUCUCCAGUCUUCCUCCACCGACAACACCUCUAGCGUCACUAGAUGCUCAACUGACCAACGCAAUCAAGGACCUUUUUCGCGUUCCUCCGAAUCUCCUCACCGCUCUCGAGGAAGAGCCUGAAAGUUCUUCGUUGUGCCCAUUGGAUCCUAGCGCACCAGAAGAAAUCCGGAUAGCCUGUGCCACCAACCUUGAUGCCCGGCUGGAGGCCAUCCAUGCCCGUGACGCGAGCGUCAGCCAAGACCCACCCGAAAUUCGCUUGGAGGGAGACUCGUACGCGAUACCCGAGAUCUCUUUACAAUCCCCGGAUGCCGAAGCGGAGGAAUCAAGCACUCGUCCUUCCAAAAAUCAAAGAACAUUGUUUUCGUCCAAGAUGUUUAACACAGGCGGUGCACAUCCGAAGCAUGCAUCCGCUCUCAUUCGUCUCCUUUACAUCCACUCAUGCUUGAACCCUGCCAAUCACUCGCCACAUAUGGCUUCGCUUCUGAUACCACUUUACGCUGUGCUGAACGAGGAGGUCGAACCUCAAGAUCAGGCACAUAUCGAGGCCGAUACCUUUUGGCUAUUCGAGGCCAUGGUUAGCGAGUUCUCUGAGCUCGAGGAUCAAGAUGGCGGCAAUCGGUGGAUGAAGAAGUUCGGUGAGCGUGUGGCAUGGGCAGACCCGGAGCUUUCGUCGGAUUUGCAAGUGAAGGGACUAGAUCCUAGCUUGCCUCAUUAUUCAUAUCGAUGGCUUGCUCCACUUCUCACCCAUACGUUACCACUACCCUCGGUCCUUUCAAUAUGGGACGCGCUGUUCUCUCGAGCCAUGACUGAACGGAACUCGUGCCCCAAGCUCGAGUACCUUCUGGAUGUGUGCACGAGCAUGCUGCUCCGUUCCAAGGGUCCUUUACUUCGGUUCGCUACUCUCGCUGCAUUCGGUCUUGCGCGCAUCGAUACUUACGGAUCGGCUUUCAGUUUGGGAAAAUCAGGUCCACGCUCGCCCAGCUUGUGGAACGACGAGUCCGGGUCGAUGCCACCCCCCUCUCCCGUCCGAGCCUGGGAACUCAACGACGCCUUUAUCGAGGGUAUGGCACUACUACAGAUGUAUCCCAUUGAGGCCGCCGGCGGUGUAGAGAGCAUUCUCCAGACUGCUGCUGAGCUCGCGUCCAGGAGGGAACAGCAAUUGAGAGCCCCGAAGGCUGACAAUAGCACGCUUAGCUCACGGCUAGCGACCACGAUGUGGCGAGGUUUCACAAAUCAGGCCUCUUCUCCUGGAUCAUCACCAGAGUCGUCAGACGACGAGGAUACGGCUAUGGAAAAUACUGAUACAGAGUCUUCUCGUCGGGCGCCCACCAGUCCGAAGCCUACAGGGUUGACCGCUUCCUGGAGCAACACCAUAUGGAAGGGCAUCACCAACCAGUCCGCUAUGGAAGCGCCACCCUCACCGUUGUCCCCGGCUUCUCCUCUGUCGCCUCUGCCGCCAUCUCCCGUAUUGCCUACUCCAUCGCCUCAACCAGAUCUUCUUACUCCCUCCGCGCCAUCGACUUCAUCGCUGUGGAACUACGCGGAGAAGUUCAAAGAAACGGACACAGCUGCCACCCUUGCAAAGGUCAGCACAAACUGGCGCGUCAAGGCGCUGGAGGCGUGGAGCAGCCGAGGUGCUGCACCACCACCACCACCACCCGCGAGUGCUACCUCGUCCAUGGCGGCACUGUCUCACCCUCGAAGCGGCUCGUACAGUGCUGGGCUUCCCCCGAAGGUCGAAGAUAAUGAUCGACGAUCCUCUCUUCCCCAUAUGGACCGAAGCCAAGUCUACUCCCCGCCCGCACGUCCUGCAUACUUUCGUCCUCCUCGAGACAGCAUGAUGCCCCAACCCCGAAGAAGCCCUCUCUCUUCCCCCACGAGCCCUGAACCUGAGAUGUCUCCAGAUGAUAGUGGACAUAACCCCGCCAAAUUGAUUCGAGAGUCUAUCGCAUCGUUUGCUGGGUUCACUCACGCUCCUGCACCUAAACCUGCUCCCAAAGCAGGUCCACGGCCCCUACUGUUGAGUUCUUCGUCGCUCUUGACAGGCACACCGACACCUCCCGUCUCUCGGUCUACCAAUGUCACUCCUGCGAUCGGUGGGCACCGUCGCGAUUGGUCCGACGUCAUGCAGAACAAACCACACCUCACCCAUAAGGCAUCAGUGUCGUCCAUAUCAUCUACAUCCGAAGCCCCCGGUAGGCAUCUACGGGCUGAUAACAGGAGCUCAGAUUGGGAAUCUGAUGCAACGGAAAGUCGCAAGGUUCGAAUUAACCGUGGCUCCGUCUCUCCCAUGGCGCCUAUGUUCCGAACCGGCCGACCCGCCUCUGAUAGGUCAUCCUCUGGGCCCGCAGAAAAUGGGAUAAAUCCUCUACGCUCAUGGGGCAGAGUGGACGCACCUGACUCACCGGUGACCCUUCCCUCGUCUCCGCCACCUCCGACGCCUGAAUCGUCCAGAUUUCCCGGAAACAACGUCCAAGUCAGCGGGUCUGAUUCUCAGAGAGGUUCCAUGGUGCUCUCCGAGUCGAACGUCCACGUUCUUGACGCACCGGCGACAUCGAGGAAGAUUGCACGGAAAAGGACUCCACCACCGCCAGCAGCGGUGGAAGGCGAGACGUCGGACUCUUCUGCUGCGCCAGCCCCGGUCAUGGCACCAAGCAGGAGUCCUCGCACUCGGUCGAAACGCUAUGUCAACCGCCCGACCAACCUCACGAUUCACAGACACGAUUCCAACGCCAGUGCCACUUCAGACGUGAAGACACCCAGCCCUAACAGUCUUCAGCUGCCAGCAGAUGGUGCUGAGGACCCCGACACGGGUAUGACGCCACGGGCGCUUACGUUCGACGAAAACCAGUCAUCUUCUCCCUCUCCCCCUUCACCGCGUUCUCCAAAGAUGGUCAGGAAGUUAUCUGGGGAAGGUCGUGCACGGAAGACCUCAACAGACGGCCAGCCUACUCGUACGAGAAAGAUCUCGGCAGAUGGUCGUGUAGUCAGGCCCCGAAAGAUCUCGACUGGGAGCAAGGAGAUUAAGCGAGAAAGUAGAGCGGAAGAAGGCGACGAUGAAGGAUACGACGACCUCCUUUCUGCGUACUCGGAGAGUGAAGGUAAUGGUACGGAUACGAAACUUCGGUGA